AUGUACCUCGGUGUCACCUCGAGGGCUAAUUUCGAAAAACUGAUUGUCAUCUUCGUCAGCACCCUGAAUGAGAUUGCCUAUGCGAUCUUUCAUUUGACGUUUGGGGUUCUUAGUUCCCUCUGUGCCGAGUCAUCUUUCGAAGACCUCCCAGAGCUUGGUAAUGUUCGGAACAAAGGUGGCGUAGUUGUACGCGUCCUCGAGAGCAGAUUUUUCCCAGAGUUCAUCCCGGGACCGAAAUUAUUCAUUGGUACCUCUCCUUCAGAAUGUUUCGAUCCGCAACAUCUACAAGAAUCGUCGCGAACCUUUCGCAAAUGGACCGGCGACCAUCAUUUGAUGGGUAACUAA